UAUCGGUGGAGGUCGCCAGGCGUACUCAGUAGAUAGAUGGAGCGCACGCUGAGUGUGUGUGUGUGUAAGAGUGUGUGAGAGUGAGUGAGUGCUCAGUCCGCUGUGGAUGGGGAUCAGCAGAGAGGAGCGAGGCGCCCACCCGACUCCACUCACACUCGGUACCGCGCGCUGCAAAAUGGCGGCCGCUUCUUCCAUGCAGCCGCCCACAGCGCCCGCAGUCAAGCGCCCGAACUCCCCUGUGCCGGACUCGGAGAGCCCCGAGAGCCGGCCGGAGGAGGACGGUGCUUCCGAGGACGCCAUCCUCCGGGACAUGGCCGAGCUGGACCCCGAGGAGAUUGAAAGGAGGCUGGAGAAAACUCGGCGAGAACUUAGCAACAGGAGAAAGAUUGUGAUCAAGAACCUGCCGCAGGACGCGACUAACCAGGAAGUACAUGAUAUUCUACGCGAGUACGAGCUCAAGUAUUGCUUUGUGGACCGGAACAAAGGCACAGCUUUUGUAACGCUCCUAAAUGGCGACCAGGCACAGGACGCCAUCCGUUCACUGCACCAGACCUCGGUGCGUGGUCGUGACAUCAGCGUACAGCUGCAGCCCACCGACUCGCUGCUUUGCGUCACCAACCUGCCUCACACGUUCAUGGGCACGCAGUUCCAGGAACUGGUGCGCUCCUAUGGCAACAUUGAGCGCUGCUUUCUCGUCUACAGCGAGCUAACAGGCCACUCCAAGGGCUAUGGGUUUGUGGAGUACAUGAAGAAGGACUCAGCCUCCAGGGCUCGGUCCGAGCUGCUAGGUAAAGUGCAGGGCGAGCGCUUGCUUAUGGUGCAGUGGAGCGACGUCAACCAGCUCAGCACAGCCCACCACAUCCACUCCAAGUGCCUGUGUGUGGAGCGGCUGCCCAUGGACUUUGACAGCUCUGAAGAGCUAGCACACAUCUUUUCUGAGCGCUACAAACCCGUCUUCUGCCAGCUGGCGCAGGACGAGGGCAGCGCCGUGCGGGGUUUUGCUGUGGUUGAGUAUGAGACAGCAGAGCAGGCGGAGGCCGUGCUGCUGGAGAUGGACAGACACCUGGUCCAGGGUCAGGAGAUCCGGUUGUCGCUGUGCAGCCCGGGAACAUCUGGCCGCAGCACUCUUGCUGCUCUCAUUGCUGCUCAGGGAGUGAUGCUGAGCAAUAAAAAGGGUUUGCUGCCCGAGCCCAAUUUAGCUCAGCUCCUAAACAGCAUGACCAAUCCAGCUGCUCUUCAAGUUCUUAUGAGACCAUACCACACUGGCAAGCGUGGAGGGAAGUUUCGUCCUCACAGUGUUCCUUUCCUCCGACCGCCGCUGACAGCUGCACUGCUUCAGCUAGGAAAAGCACAGCAGAACGCCAUGCUGGGGAACGGGUUUGUUCUGCAGAACCUUCUCCACAUGCACAUGGCACAGCAGCAGCUCCUGCACAUCAAGGACAAGCACAUCACUAAUAUUCCCAGUCUUUUAGGUGACCCCUCUCGUUUACUUCUCCAUAAAGUCUUGGCUCUGCAAAAUGCAGCCCCAGUGCCGGUGGUGAAAGGGCUGAUUGGAGAUUCCCCUCCCGACUCGACUCGGGAGGCUGGAGUGUCCGGAGCAGGCCAUGCUCACAUGAGUCCAGGAGAUCAGAACGGAGUGUCAGCACCAGACAAACAGUCGGCAGUGUCGAGUCACUCUCACAGCCAGACACAAGGCUUCCUAUCUGGGUCAAGCAGAGGUGCACAGAGCUCCAAAGCCCUGGUUAAUCACAAUAGUGCUGCAUCUGAGAACUGCACACUUACAACACAAACUAGCUGCCAGAUGUCUCUGCUGGGAGAGCCACCUAAAGAGGUGAAACUGCCCUCCAACCCUUAUCUAAACAUGGCCAGUGUCUUACCAGGAGUGCUGCUGCAAGGUACGUGUAGCAGCAGCAGUAAAGGCCAGGCGGUCAGUGGGACCUAUAGCUCGGUUCUGCCUCCUGCUUCCCUCCCAACCACCCAGUACAGCAAUGAGUGCACCACCUCAGAAUACACAAACCAGUACUCUCAGCAAUACUCACAGGAGGCCAUGCAGCAGUGGUACCAACAUUAUCAGGCACAGGGCUACACUAACACUAAUCAGGAGAGUACUGCAGCUACAGACUACAACAAAGAACAAGCUCAGGCUGUGGUCACGUCUUCAUAUGGAGACUACACUUCUUACAUGCAGGCCGUCACUCAGUACUAUUCCCAGACUCAGAUAAGCCAAGCAGCUGCACCCGUGUACCAGCAGAGAGACCUCAGCAAUGAGCUGGAGGUCGUUAAGCCACCCAUAGUUUCUCCUCUGUCUCUGAAUGGCGCUGCCCCGCCCAUCCUGCCCACCUACAGUGCCCUGCCAAUCAUGCCUGGGUUCAUCGCCCCUACACACGCUCACACACACACCCCCAGUGGCGUCACACACACACACAGUGCACAUGGCGUGACCGACUGGAGCCAGUAUUACUAUGCUCGAGGACAGAAGCGAGAAUAUCCCACGCUGGCGGUACAGGAAGUGACAUCAGAGGCACCUUACGUAGGCCAGCACUCACAGGGACUGGGUGGCCAGUAUGCUGACUACUUCAAAAAGAAAAGGAUUUAGAAAACACACACACACACACACACACACACACACACACACACACACACACACACACACAAACACACACUGAAUUACACAGUGUUUUUUUAGUGCAUUGUUGUUGUCCAGUCAAAGCCUUAACCCUGCACUCUCUGUGUGUAAGAGUGCUGAUGUUACGUGUGUGUGAGAGUGAUAGAAGUCUGGAUCUUCUCAGGCCUGUUUUAUUCUGGGCUGCAGAACAGGCGCCUUUGUAACACACACACACACACACACACACACACACACACACACACUCAGGCCGGUGUAAUAAGAGGCCGCUGUGCUUUAAUAAUAGUAAACUUUUCUGAUCACCUUCUCAUUCCCCUAGGGAAAGCAUUUCUCUGCUCCUGGGUGUGCAUCUGUGUAUAUAUAUAUAUAUAUAUAUAUAUAUAUAUAUAUAUAUAUAUAUAUAUAUAUAUAUAUAUAUAUAUAAAUGUGUGUGUGUGUGUGUGUGUGUGUGUGUGUGUGUGCUCUGUGUAAGAGGUUAAGGGCUGAAAUAGACAGAGCUGUUCUCAGAGAACUCACCCUAACUCAUCAUGGAUGUUGCUUUAAAUAGUUCCACAUGUUUAAAUGUAAUCUAUUUGUAAAUAUUUGUCUCAGUCUGUUGUGGUUAACAAAAAGGGCCAAAAAUACACACACAGCUGAAACAGUGAGGGUCAAUGACGAAAAGUGUGGGCUGUUCUGUUUUCUUGUACACAGAAAUAUGUAUUAAAAUCACAGUGUCUGCUCUCACAGUUGUAUGCAAACGUUUUGGCAUCCCUUCCCUAAUAAAUAUUGUAAGCUUUUUAAUGUAAAAUAUAAUAAUAAUAAUAAUAAUAAUAAUAAAAACAUCUGCAACAAGAUUUGUUUCCCCAAAUGCCUUGGAACAAUCUAGAUGUAUGUCACAGGUAAGAUUUCUUCUGAUGAAUCUUCAAUGCAGAUCAAUGCAAGAGUGCAGCUGAAUUCUCCUGCAGGUCCUACGUGUCAUUUAGUGCCUUUUCUUCCCAGAAUAGGGGCAGCCCGCUCUAAAAGCUGACUUGUUUUCUUGACUUCACUGCUUAUGGACCUGCCAUUGCUUACGGACAUUUUGGACAGUGGAAAUUGGAGCUGGAAAUGUUUUUAUGUAGGCAUCCAUAUGGUUCAUUUUCUGAUUGUCAGCCAGCUGUGUAGUGCAUCCUCUACCUUUGGGUUGUGUUUGAAGAGUUGGAGAAUGCAGUUCACACUGGAACUGUACUCUGAAUGUCGACCGAUGAAUCAGUUCAUCAAUUAAUUUAACUUAACUGAGUUAAUCAAGAACUUUGAGGAUGGAUUUGGACUGUAAUUAAUAUCAACAGUCUACUACAAUGGCUCAGAACCACAGGUUGCAUUUAAUCACCUUUCACACCUUAACAAUGAUGGAACUGUAAGGAUUGGACAUUCUGUGUUGAGGAUGAGUUCCCUUUUUAGUUUUGUUCCUCACAAGUUUUCUUCCUAAUUCUUUAUUUUUUUUUAUCAUCUCAGUAAAGCUGCUUAUUUCCAUUGUUAAAAUGUUAUUAAAAAAUGAAUGAAUAGGUCUGAAACUUCAAAAUUCAGGUAAAAAAAAGUCAAAAGAAAAGUCCAAAUUCAGGUAAAUAUAUGAUUUGGCCAGGAAUGCCCACACCUUUUCAUACAGCUGUAUUUUUAUGUUGUUAAGUGAAAAAAAAGGAGGUAUUACAGUAGAAAUAACGUUUUCAAUGCGAAAUCAUUAUUAUUGUAAAACAAACAUAAAAGUGCAAAUUGAUUGCUGUGGCAAACUUUUUGUUUUGAAAGCACUCUUCGUCUUUGAUCAGCUUUUCAGAACUAGUCCAUGCCUGUAGUGUGUGUGUGUGUGUGUGUGUGUGUUGUGUGUGUGACUGUACAUAAUGCUGUAAAUGUAGGAAGAAUCAGCCAUUUUAAUAAAGAGCCUUAAUACAGGCAGAGCUCACAUUUGAGCAGAAAACAAAAACACUCAGCCUCCACACGGGCCAUGACCCAGGUUAAAGGCAAUAAAGUGUAAGAUCUCUCUGUUGAUGUGUGUGUGUGUGUCUGUAUGCCUGUCUGUGCAUGUACUUACAUGUAAAUCUGUAUGCUCUUUUCCCCACUAAAAUGGAAAUCAUUACCUGCCAUUCUCUUACACAGCAAUAGUAAUAUUGCUUAUAGUACCAAUUGUAAUAUUAAUGCGGUGCUGCUGGGGACGUGUGUGUGUGUGUUUGUGUAUGAGUAAGUGAGUGAUGGGUAUUAUAUAAAUUUGAUAUAGUGUUUUUGCUCUCACGCUACCUUAAUGCUGUGUAGAAUGGUGUGUGUGUGUGUGUGUGUGUGUGUGUGUGAGAGAGAGAGAGAGAUUACUGUAUCAUAUGAGUGUAAUAGAAGUGAUUGGGGAAAAGUGCUUCUUUUUACAGCUCCUUCAUUGGAGAGUUGUUUUUGUAAAUGAUAUUUAACCACAUUUGAACGGCUCAGAGCCAUAAUGCUUUUGUGUGUGUGUGUGUGUGUGUGUGUGUGUGUGUGUGUGUGUGCUAAUGGCAAUGCUCAGAGAUGGUUCAUCUUUGUGAUUGCAUAGCAGAGUGUGUACAGACUUUUUCCUGCUUUAGUCAGCCGUUUAGAAAAAGGCUGUGUUUUUUUUUUAUACUCAGUGAUUGAAUUGAUUAGUCCAAUGUCCUCGCCCACUCCGGAAGCCAUUCUCUUUUGUGUGUGUGUGAGAGAGAGAGAGAGAGAGAGAGAAAGAGAGAGCGAGAGAGAGAGAGAGAACAUGCACCUAGUGUGUUCAGUAGUGCUAAAGCAUGCUGAGGAUGGUUACAUAUGUUGUCCUUGGACAGUGCAGAGGACAGAGUUACAGUGCAGAGGACAGAGUCGUAGAACAGUUGUUAUGAAGAUAAGAUCAGCAUGAACACCUGAUCACUGGCAUUACAGUUUCCGUUACUAUCAACACUGUUAACAUUAACAAACCCAUAAACACCAGCAUUAAUAGCAAAGCAUUUUUUUCCACUUUAAAUAUUAAAUACCAUGUAUUACUUAAGCAUUAAGUGAAUAUUAAAUACCAACAUACACUAUAUGGACAAAGGUAUUGGGACACCUGACCUUUCCUGCCAUAUGUGGUUCUUCUCCGAACUGUUACCACAUAAUUGUACAGGACGUCUUUGGAUGCGGUAUAAUAAUAUUUUACAUUCAUUUGAAGUUAAAAACCCAAACCUGUUCCAGCAUGGCAAUGCCCCUGUGCACAAAGCGACCAUGGAGAUAUAGUUUACGUUGUUUGGAGUUUGCUUGUGGCCUGCUGUAGAGCUCUGAUCUCAACUCUACUGAACACCUUUGGGGUGAAUUGGAAGACUGACUGCACCCCAGGAAUCCUUACAUCACCUACAUCAGUACCUGCCUGCACAAAAAUCUACAAAAAUGUCCACAAGCACAAUUCAAAAUCUAGAUAAACAUCUUUCCAAAAGAGUGGAAGGAAUUAUAAGAGCAAAUCGGGACUAAAGGUAGAAUGCGGUGCUCAAAAAGCACAUACCAUUCUUAUGAUCUGGUGUCCGAAAACAUUUGGCAAAAUUGUGUACACUCCAAACACUGGUCAGGAAAUCAACAAAUAAAUAGCUAGAUAAAAUGCAAAUAGUAACUUUACAUAUAGAAUUUUUGUUUGUUUUUUUCAGUGGUGCUUCAGUCAAUGAACAUCAGAUUUUUGUAUUCAGUCUCGUUUUUACUUUUGCUUAUGAGAGUCUUUCUGUUUUUAGUUUUUCCCCAAAACACAUUCGAAGUAUACAGGAACAGAAGCUCUCUUGUGGUUUUAGGGUCAUUUUCUGACCAGUGAUUUAUUGUUUAAAAACAUUACAUGAUUUAUUUGGCAUUUUUGGACCAGAAGUACAUGAAGGCAAAUCACAGAUGUUGCUAAGCUCUGAACUCUUGUGUCUACGGUUAAUGGCCUUUUGCAUUACACUGAUGGUACAGAAUUCAAGGUUUCUUAACUAAUGUGAUGAGAACCUUCAUGCAAUCAUUAGAUUGGUAUCAAACCCAACCCUACUGAGAGUACUGACUUAUUUGGAGAACAUCUUUAACAGCUAAGAGUUUUUUUCCCCCACUGAUAUGAGGGUAUUAGCUUUUAUAACAGUGCAGGUGGAUUUUGAAAUCUGAUUGGUCAGGAGUUGGAGCUUAGAUUUUAACAGUGGCUGUAAUUUAUAGUAAAGGUCUUGUGCAUUAUUUCUCCAGCAGACUGCACUAGAGUCUAAUAAGGACAUAGAAAUGGGUUGUUACUUAACAGAAAAAUAAUAUAAUUGUCUAUAUAUAUAUAUAUAUAUAGAGUGAGCUUCACAAAAGGAAUAGAAAUCCUAAUGACUAAAAGCUUUGCCCAUUCUGGUUUCUUUAUAGCUAUUUAGUGUAUUAGAGAGAAAGAGUGAGUGAAAGAGAGAGUAUAAUAGUAUACUAGUUAUAUUAUAUAGUAUAAUAGUAUAGGGGAGGGGGGGUAAAAUGUCAAACAGAGAUGCUGGAGAGAAAACAGCUGUUUACAUGCAAGAACAGGAAUUUGUUUCAUGGACAACAUUAAAAGACAACAGUUCAGAUGUUGAAAAUUUAUAUUUUGUCCGUAGGAAAUAAAACACUUCUGAAUGUGCUGUUCAAUGAGUGAUCGAUAUGCGUUCGAGUCUGUAGAGUUACACGGCUGCUUGUCCGUUGUGUUUUCAGUGUUCGGCUCGCCCUCCUGUGCUUAGCGUGUCCCACAGUCUCUGACUGAGCACUGCUGAUGCCUCGGCAGGGAUUCUUAAAGCACACUUACCUCUAGCCUCUGAACUUCCUUUACCGGGCACCUUGCCAUCCUCGAACACUGCGUCUGCUGUCAGCACAAGAGUGUGAACGUUUUACAGUCUGCCCCUGAGCUUUACAAGUCUGGUUUAGUGUGGUGAGUGCUAGUUAAGGGAAUUUCUGCUGUGCCUGUUCAUUGUCGAAUGUAAACUUUUUACCCCUUUGUAUUUAUUUCAAUAGGACAUGAGUAAAAAAAAACAAGCCAGAGUCUACAUUUAGUAGGCUUGUGUGUCUUAAAACACAAUGUGUGUGUGUGUGUGUGUGUGGAAAUGUGCUGGCUUUGCAAUACUAAAGUUUCUUCUUAGCUUACAUACUACAGAUCCAUCGAAGUACAGGCCAUACAGUUGUUUUUUUGCGGUGUAAACAUUGUGCGAUUUGUUCAUUUUUAACGUUUUGUACAUUUUUUUUUUCUUCUCACCUUGAAUUCAAAUUUUGCAAUAUUUUAUAUCCAAAUUCUAUCAAUAUUGCUUUCUGUGAAUAAGCUACUUUUAGGUACGGUGGAAUUUCAGCAUGUCUUUAUUUACUCCUCUGUACUUUAGCACAAAUCCUUUUUUUCCCUACUUUUUAUUUUUUUUUUGGAGUAGGUCUGAGUUUUAUGCUUCAUACGUUUCAAAUAGUGGUAAAGAAAAUGUUCUUGUAUUUGUUUGUCUGUUAAUGUACAUUUUUUUUCUUUAUUGGAUACUAUUUGUCCUAUUCUGAAGAAAAAAAAAAAAAUAUAUAUAUAUAUAUAGUUUGGGUUUUUCCCCAAUUUUUUUGAGCUGAAAGAAUUGUUUUACAUUCCGCAAUAAAGAGAAGGAGCUGUGCUGCCUG